UUGACAACUCUAAAUUGAACUUAUGAUUACCAUUUCCUUUGGUAGUGAACAUGGCAAUUAAAAUUCCCUAAUCAAAUGCUUUCCACUUUUCCCCAUACCAGUCUCGUGAUCCUCAAGUAGUCAAGUCCUACACAAAACCAAACGUCUUCCACCUAAGUAAUAUUCUUACGCACUCUCCUCACUCUUUCCACUGCCUCUCUCUCUCCUACUCCUCCAUUGCCGACAGAAUUCCACCUUCCUCGUCCCCUCUAAUAAACUUUCUCAACUACCACUAUUUCGUACCUUCCUUUUUUUCCUGAAAAAAUUCCCAAAACUGUCAGAAAACAAGAAAAAGGAAGACAUGUACAAAACAACGUCAAUGAUCAUAAUCCUCUUAUUAUCGUCGGCGAUUUUUUCCGGCGCCGACGACGAGGUGACGUGCUCGGGAAUCGUUCCGAUGCGAGGUCGGUCUGAUAAUAUAUCGAUAACGGAUUUCGGCGGCGUCGGUGACGGAAAAACGGUGAAUACAAAUGCAUUUAGAGCAGCUAUUUAUAUGAUUGAACAUAUGAGGCGAAAAGAGGGUACACUGCUGUAUAUACCUCCAGGAGUGUAUUUAACCGACAGGUUUAACUUGACUAGCCAUAUGACUCUUUUUUUGGCUACUGGUGCUGUCAUCAAAGCUACUCAGGAUACUUCAUAUUGGCCGUUAGCUGAUCCGCUGCCUUCUUAUGGAAGAGGGAGGGAGCGGGAGGGAGGGAGGUACAUGAGCUUUAUUUUGGGAGACAGAGUCCAUGAUGUUAUAAUUACUGGUGAGAACGGAACAGUUGAUGGUCAAGGAGAUGUUUGGUGGAAUAUGUGGAGACAAAGGACUCUUCAAUAUACUAGACCACAUUUAAUAGAAUUCAUGCAUUCCAGCGACAUUAUCAUUUCCAAUGUGAUAUUCAAGAAUUCUCCAUUUUGGAACGUUCACCCUGUUUACUGCAGCAAUGUUGUUGUCCGUUAUGUUACUAUAUUGGCUCCAGUUGACUCUCCCAACACUGAUGGUAUUGAUCCAGAUUCAAGCUCCAAUGUCUGCAUAGAAGAUUCAUACAUUUCAACUGGUGAUGAUAUGGUAGCCAUAAAGAGUGGGUGGGAUGAGUAUGGACUUGCUUUUGGUCGCCCUAGCUCUGACAUAACCAUCCGGAGGAUAACAGGAUCAUCACCAUUUUCUGGCAUCGCAAUUGGUAGUGAGAUGUCGGGUGGAGUGGAAAACGUGUUGGCAGAACAUAUUAAUCUUUUCAAUAUGGGAGUUGGAAUACACAUUAAGACCAAAGUUGGUAGAGGAGGGUACAUAAGAAACAUAACAGUCGCAAAUGUAUACAUUAAGAAUGCCAAGAAAGGUGUUAAGAUUUCUGGUGAUGUUGGUGAUCACGCAGAUGACAAGUUUGAUCCAAAAGCUAUCCCUGUUGUUCAGGAUAUCAGGAUGAAGAGCAUAUGGGGUGAAAAUAUUCAGCAGCCUGGACUGGUGAAGGGGAUAAAAAACGCCCCGUUUACAAACAUCUGUCUUUCCGAUAUCAAUCUUUAUGGCUCGUUUAAAUUGCGAACGAGACCUUGGGAGUGUUCUGAUGUCGAGGGAUCAUCGUUAGAGGUUCAGCAUUGUUAUCGGGAGGCUAACAAAGUUGCGGAUCUUAUGGCUAAUCAAGGGCACUCUUUUUUAGAUCCUGUUUCUCAUACUCCUCCGUUUGAUGUUGAUUUUUCCCUUUUCGUCCGAAAGGACGUUUUAGGUUGGCCGCCUGAUUAGGGGGUCUGCCUAAGUUUUCUUUCCGUAUCAAAAAAAAAAAAAAUUAGAAAGUAUUUAUUAAAUGGCGUAGACGACGGGAUAAAGGAGACUUUUGUGGGAGUUUAGGCAGAUUUUAAUGUGCGUGUCAAUGUGGAUGAUCAAUUAUUCAAUUAUUUCCCUUGUUAAUUU